AUGUUUGGACUGACUGACUUUGCUGCCAAAAUGUCAGAGGAGGAAGGCAAGGACUCUCUGUCUGAGAUGAGUCUUUCAGAGGAACAAAGCAGCACCAUCCGCGCUCAUAAACGCUGCUUUAACAGGCAUUCUAGUGUAAGAUCAGGCUCACGUGUGUUCAGCUCUGUGUCUGUGAAGAGUGAAGGACCAAACUUCAGUGAGAAAAAACCAAGUGUAAGAUCAGGCUCACGUGUGUUCAGCUCUGUGUCUGUGAAGAGUGAAGGACCAAACUUCAGUGAGAGAAAACCAUCAUCUACCAAAAGUGACAAGGGACAGAAGACCACAGUAAAUAUCGGUGCAGAAUUUACACGGUGGCAGACUCUGAAAGCACAGAAGGGAAUGAAGAGUGAUGUGGAACUGGCAUCUUUUCUUCUCAACAGGGUUCCAUAUAACAAAUCUGGCUCAGACUUCCAGAAUUACCGCUUCCGCAAGAAUUUCAAUGAAAAUCUCCUAUGGAUCUUCAAGGAUUCAGGAGUGAAGCUGCUUUGCAUUGGACUGAAGAAUAUACAGUGUGAAUUGGAGAUACCUUGUCGCUCCGUCCCACCGGCUCAGUUGGGCUCCUUCCUCCCGCCAACUCCACCUUGGUCCUCAGUCGCUCCGGCUCCGCCGCGGAUCUCCGGAGCUCCGCCUUCGCCUCGGUCGCCAGAGCACUCGGCUCCACCUUAGCCCCCCGGAUCCUCGGCAUCCCCCUGGCUCGUCGGCUCUCCGUCUCCGCCUCGGGCUCCUCCACCACCUGCUCCGCCGCCGUUGAUCGGCCCCCUGGAGUCGGAGGCCAUUCCUCCUCCAUGGCUCCUCCCUCCGUCGGCUCCACCGUGGGCCAUCAUCGUGGCUGUGGCCUGGGUCCUGCCAGGCUCCUCCUGCUCCGGGUCCCUCCUGUCACUUCCCUGGCUCCUCCCUCCUUCGUUGCCUCCUUGGUCUCUGUCUGCCGACCUCCUCCCGGUGAUCUGAUGGAAGAGAAUGAGGAGAAUGAAGAACUGAAAGAAGUGAACAUGUCAAAACUGAAGAAAAGUCUCUCGCAGAAUGAAAGUACAUUUUUAUUGAGAAGAAGAGCAAACAAAAAAUGUACUUGCCCUCAGCAGUGUUGGGCAAUAACUAGUUACUAGUAAUUUAGUUACUGUUAUAAUAUUAUUUUUGCAGUAACUAGUAGUGUAACUAAUUACUAAUAAGAUUUCAGUAAUAAUAUUACAGUUACUUUCCAUAAAACAGCUUAGUUACUUAGUUACUUUUGAUGCCUCAACCCGCUGAUUUAAAAUCUAACAAUCAAAUAAUUCCUAGAUUUACUUUCAUAAUUUUCAUGACUUGCACAUGCAUGUGAUGUCCCCAGUGCAGCAGGCAAGCUUGGAAUAUGGAAACUUCAUACUUUACAUGCAUUACAUCCCUCUGAUCAGCAUGUGGUACAUUAUAUUAAUAUAUUAAAAUAUUUUUGGAAAAUUAAACAGUUUCUCACAAACUCAUGUGAUUUGAUAAAAUACAUAAAGAAAUUGAAUCGCAUAUGGCUACACAUAACAAUUAAUGAGAUGAAUACAACACUUCUACUUGAAUGCCAUUAUCAAUCACUAUUGAGUGUUUCUAAUAACAUUUGUUCUUUGUGUGGGAAGAAUUUUUUAUGGCUGGAUGUUUUAAAAUUACACCAGAAAAGACACAGUGGUGUGAAGAAUCAUGUUUGCUUUGAGUGUGAGAAGAUCUUUAUUACAGAUGCUGAACUGAAACAGCACCAGAGAAUUCACACUGGAGAUUCUUAGACUGGUGAACAAACUGUGUUAGUGUAAACUGUGAUGAGAUUAAAUGAGUCGAGUUAAAUUUUUUCCAACUGAAUCUGCUUGUACUAACAGUAAUUUCAUGAUUUUUGUUAUAUCUGAGCAAUGAUUAUAUCUUUAUCAUAAUUGCUUUUUGGAUCUUUCAUGUUUUAAACCUUUUAAUCCCUAAUAAAUUCUGUU